AUGGCGCGAAUCUCGGAUCUCAUCACGGAUUCCAAGCUACCGGCAUCUUUUCUCCCCGACUGUAGUGUGGAGACGGUCCACCGAUUCCAGGAGUCAGACCCAGCUUCUAGACAGCGCCUCGUGAUCAGACCCGAGCACUGGCGGCGACAGAGAAAGAUAGGAGGUGGUGGAUUUGGUAGCGUCUGGCUGGAGGAAUGCACUCAAGGGGGGCGACUAGGCGCUAUGCCCGUCCGAGCAGUCAAGCAGAUUAACGUGGAUAUGCGACUUGGACCGAUCGACUAUAAUCCGCCCGGUCAGCUCCUCAUAGCAAUGGAAUACCUCGAACUCGGCGACCGCUUCACGUAUCUUUAUCGACAGCCGCCAGGGCCGCCACUACAAGAAACGGAGGCGAAAGAAAUUACAUACCAGAUUCUCGAUGGUAUGAAUAUGAUGCAUGAUAAUGGGUUCGCUCACCGAGACCUAAAGCCUAACAAUAUUCUUAUCAAAUCACACCCUCCAAACGAGUGGUGGAUUAAGCUCGCCGACUUUGCUAUUUUGCCCCUGAAAUAUAGGGAUACGUUCCUCGAGGCAUUCCCAGUCUCCAGGCUCACCGGUGUUGGAAUCAGUCAGCCAGGCGUCGACUUUAUCCUUUCUCUCAUGCAUCCUUAUCCCAACGACCGAGUGACUGCAAGGUCUGCUAUUUCUAAUAUGUGGUUACAACCGCUGAUAUCCCACUUCCCUAAAUCAACAACAAUCAUCAAUGGCAAGCCACAUAAACCCUCUUCAGCCGCAACUUCGAAUGAAGAAUUUGCGUCAUGGACUACAAAACCCUCCCCAAAAGCGCCGUGGGCUGGCGAAGACUCUAUCGACCCGUAUUUAGCACAAGUGAAGGAAAGAUGGAGCGUGGAAUCCCAGCUUCCCGGGAGCCAUUCACACAACGUUGAGUUGGUAACUCUCUCAUCCGACGACAGAACGCUGGCGUCUAGCUCCCGUGAUCAAACGGUGCGGCAUUGGAAACCUGUUAUCGGCUCACUACAUCGGAUUCUCAAGCAUUCAUGUCAAAUUAGGUCGAUGGCAUUCUCCCCUAGUGGUCAGCUGCUGGCGUGCGGAUGCAGUGAUAACACGGUGCGGCUUUGGGAUCCUAUGACGGGCGCACUACUCCAGACUUUAAAACAUGUGGCUGCUGUUGGGACGGUGAAUUUCUCACCCAACGGCCGGCUCCUGGCGUCUGGCUCCGAUGAUGGCAAAGUGCUGCUCUGGGAUACGGUGACGGGAGCGCUAUGCCGGACCAUUGACAGGGGCGAUUCAGUGGAUGAUAGACGGAUUGGGGUAGCCUUCUUGCGCGAUGUGCGGUUGCUGGACGAGUGCGCAAUAUCAGACUAUCAGCAUUCAGGCACCCUGAAGUCAACCGCCUUGUCGCCCGACAGCCGGGUGCUUCCGUGUAUCUGCGAUGCAAAAGACGGCGAGCGCACAGUGGAGCUUCGGGACAUAGCGACGGGCGCGCUACGCGAGACUCGCAAAGGUCAUCGGAAAUCAUUUUUCUUGCUUGCAUUCUCUCCCAACCGCCGGAUACUGGCGUCUGACUUCCCGAUGCUGGUGUCUGUCUCCAGUGGUGUAACAGUGUUACUUUGGGACACGGCGACGGGCGCGAUACACCAAACUCUCGAAGGCCACUCAGCUUUGGUCCGCUCGGUGGCUUUUUCGCCUGACGGCCGGGUCCUGGCGUCUAGCUCCCAUGAUCGAACCGUGCGGCUUUGGGACACGGCGACGAGCGCGCUACAGCAGACUCUCGAAAGCCAUUCAAGCAUAGUUCACGCGGUGGCCUUCUCGCGCGACGGCCGACUACUGGCGUCUGUUUCUGCUGAUAACACAGUGCGACCCUGGGGGUUUCCGUCAAGCUGA